AUGUCUCUGCAUGAAGAUCCCAUGAUGACUGAGGAAGAACCGUACGAAUACGUUACUCUUGAUCAAUAUCUUCCAAAAGAAAUCAAAAUGAUGAUAUUUGAAUUUUUACCUGUUCAAUCCUUGUUUAUGGUUGCACAUCAAGUUUGUAAAGACUGGCAUCAAUUAUUAUGUACUGAAAAAAACAAGUUUAUUUGGUUCCGAUUGCUUUCGAAUAUUUUGAAAACAAAAUUAAUGAUUAUUAAUGAUGAUGGAAAAAAGAUUACAAAACAACAAGAAAUGAUACAAUUUUUGUCUUGCAAACAAUGGCGAAAAUUACUCAAGUUUAUCACUCUCAAAGAACGGUCAAUCAUUAAAAAUUAUUUACAUCUACAACAAGAAAAGAAAACUGAAUCAGAAAAGACAACACGACUCACUCAACCAGAAGAUCCUCCUAGUGACGACGAAGACGAAGAAUGGAAUGAUGUCGACAAUGAGGAAACAAGCACCACUCCAACUAUCGAAAAUUUACAGUCAACUGAAAGUACAAACGAUAGUCAAAUGCAAUUGUCAUCUUCCACCAUCGAGUAUCCAUCAGGCCUCGACUUAUUCAAGGAGGAUGAAGAUACCAUACGAUCAUCGUUCAAAGAACGAACUCUAAUUUGCAAAUCCAUUAAGGCAAGUUCGGUUGACUUUACCAGCCAAGAUAUUGAAAAAACACGAGAUGCUCGAAAUACAAGAUCAUUUUGGUCAUCCACAGGUUCUAAAGACAACAAGGCUAACGAAUUUCUCAUUUAUCAGCUACAGGAUCCUUGGUUUGUAGUUGAAAGAGAACGCAAGCUUCAAAAAGCCAAGAGUGUGAAAAAGUGGACCGAAUUUUACAAAUAUGUGGAUGUUAUAAACACCAAAGAGGGAAAAUCUGACGAUACCACUGACCACGACGAAAGUGUCAUGUCGUUCGAUUCACAAAUUGGAGUAUUAUUUUUGGAAAAAUUUACACUCAAACCAUUCUUGGCUUCAUGGCAAAAUAACAACUGUUAUGCUCCAAAGCAAGUGUCUCUGUCUGUUGCAAAAAUUUCGCCCACCACAAAACUCGAAGACUUGAAAUUUGAAACCUUAGAUAAUUUAGAAUAUCCUGUUCAAAACACCAAUGAAUUUCAUCAGUUUGAGGCAGGCCCAUUUAUCAUUUUGUACAAACGAGAUAACAACAUUGACCUUCCUCCAACAGAGAAGACUACGACCGAAGAGACAGUGAGAUCUGAGACCACUCGAAAUGAUGAUGAGGAUGAUGAGGAUGAGGGGAUUGAAGUGGAAAAUGAGGAUGAGGAGGCAGAAGAAGGUCAAAAUCAAGAUAAUGGCGCAACUACUAGGAUUGUGAUCACAGACGAUGAUCUUUUGCAUGCCUUGUCACUCUCAGGUGGUGCGAUCAAUGACGAUUUCUAUAGAGAGCUGAGAAGAAUUGCCGAGAGAAAACUCAUUGAAAAGAGAAGAGAGGUCGAAGAGAACAUGCUGUUCCAGCAAUUAUCUGCAAGGGAAGAGGGAAAUAUUUUGGUGAGAUUUAACUUGUUGGGAAAGGGACAAACCCAACCUACAGAUAACUUGUACUACACAUGCUUGGAAUUUGUGGAUUUAUCAGGAUCGGCCUUUGUCCUUUAG